AUGACUAUAAAAGGGUUCUGGCCUUUUUUCAUCGUCUCUACUGUCCUCGCUGUCUUCUACGCACAACACUUCUUAACUAACCUCUCGCCAAGCUCUCCGCUCGUAGAAGUAGGCGACAUGGCCCUUGCCGCAAUCUCUCGCAACGUCGUGAAGAAGGUCCUGGCGGUGGAGACACCAGAGGGUGCAGGAGCUCUGGUCAGACGGAGCAUUGGCUCUAUGACCCUCCGCAACCUUACUCCCUUCUUGAUGCUUGAUCACUUCCACGUUAGCGAGGGAGCAGGAUUCCCUGAUCAUCCUCACCGGGGACAGGCGACGGUGACAUACAUGCUCGAAGGCUCGAGUCAACACGAGGAUUCAGCUGGACACAAGGGAACCAUUCAUGCUGGAGGCGUUCAAUGGAUGUGCGCUGGGAAAGGCAUUAUCCACGCUGAAAUGCCCGUACACCAGCAAGGAUCUCCUGACCCCCGAGGUCUCCAGUUGUGGGUAGAUCUCCCUAAACAGUAUAAGAUGGUGGAUCCCAGCUACCAAGAACUUGGUCCAGAUCAGAUCCCUGUGGCUUAUCCAGCAGGACCUGAUGGACCUGUCAAAGUCAAAGUCAUCAGUGGAAAGAGCCAUGGCGUCGAAUCACCAGUGAGACCGCUAGGCGGAUGCUGGUUUCUCCAUAUCACUUUCAACAGGGAUGGUGAAAUGUUCCAACAUAUUCCUGGUGGAUGGACUUCGUUCUUGUACAUCUGGAAAGGAGUUCUCACUGUCGGCUCUGAUGAGACUGUGGUUCCAGAGUUUCAUACUGCGGUUUUAUCAGCUGAUGCUGAUCAAACUGGGGUGAAAAUAUCUGGUAAAGAGAAUACUGAGCUCGUGCUGGUUACAGGGGAGCCGUUAGAUCAAACUGUUUUCCAAUAUGGCCCCUUCGUUAUGACUACCCGUGAAGAAAUUCAAAAAACCCUCAUCGACUAUCAAAGUGGCAAGAAUGGCUUCGAGCGAGCGCACACAUGGAAGAGCGAGAUUGCCCACAAAUGA